GGGCCUGCGUCAGGGCGCAACGCGGCGUCAAAGGGGGCGGGGCUUCAGCCGGUCACGUGUUCCCGCACCUCCCCGGCGCGCGCCUGCCCGCCCGCCCGCUCGCCCCCGGUCCGGACUCCUCCUCCUCCUCCUCUUCUCGCCAUUGCACUUGGACCCAGCAGCCCGGCGCGCACCGCGUGGCUUUUGGGGGCAGACCCCGGCGGGCUGUGGCAGGAGGGCGGCGGCGGCUGCGGUCGAAGAAGGGGACGCCGACAAGGGUCUCACUCUGUCAACCCAGGCUGGAGUGCAGUCGCGUGAUCUCCGCUCACUGCAGCCUCUGUCUCCCAGGCUCAAGAAGCAAUCCUCCCACCUCAGCCUCCCAGAGUUGAAGUAUUGAUAACACCAAGGAAAUCUAUCGCAAUUUGAAAAGAUAAGCAAAAGUUUGAUUUCCAGACACUACAGAAGUAAAAAUGCGUCCAAUGCGAAUUUUUGUGAAUGAUGACCGCCAUGUGAUGGCAAAGCAUUCUUCCGUUUAUCCAACACAAGAGGAGCUGGAGGCAGUCCAGAACAUGGUGUCCCACACGGAGCGGGCGCUCAAAGCUGUGUCCGACUGGAUAGACGAGCAGGAAAAGGGUAGCAGUGAGCAGGCAGAAUCCGAUAACAUGGAUGUGCCCCCAGAGGACGACAGUAAAGAAGGGGCCGGGGAACAGAAGACAGAGCACAUGACCAGAACCCUGCGGGGAGUGAUGCGGGUGGGCCUGGUGGCAAAGGGCCUGCUACUCAAGGGGGACUUGGAUCUGGAGCUGGUGCUGCUGUGUAAAGAGAAGCCCACGACCGCCCUCCUGGACAAGGUGGCCGACAACCUGGCCAUCCAGCUUGCUGCUGUAACAGAAGACAAGUACGAAAUACUGCAAUCUGUCGACGAUGCUGCGAUUGUGAUAAAAAACACAAAAGAGCCUCCAUUGUCCUUGACCAUCCACCUGACAUCCCCUGUUGUCAGAGAAGAAAUGGAGAAAGUAUUAGCUGGAGAAACGCUAUCAGUCAACGACCCCCCGGACGUUCUGGACAGGCAGAAAUGCCUUGCUGCCUUGGCGUCCCUCCGACACGCCAAGUGGUUCCAGGCCAGAGCCAAUGGGCUGAAGUCCUGUGUCAUUGUGAUCCGGGUCUUGAGGGACCUGUGCACUCGCGUGCCCACCUGGGGUCCCCUCCGAGGCUGGCCUCUCGAGCUCCUGUGUGAGAAAUCCAUUGGCACGGCCAACAGACCGAUGGGUGCUGGCGAGGCCCUGCGGAGAGUGCUGGAGUGCCUGGCGUCGGGCAUCGUGAUGCCAGAUGGUUCUGGCAUUUAUGACCCUUGUGAAAAAGAAGCCACUGAUGCUAUUGGGCAUCUAGACAGACAGCAACGGGAAGAUAUCACACAGAGUGCGCAGCACGCACUGCGGCUCGCUGCCUUCGGCCAGCUCCAUAAAGUCCUGGGCAUGGACCCUCUGCCUUCCAAGAUGCCCAAGAAACCAAAGAAUGAAAACCCAGUGGACUACACCGUUCAGAUCCCACCAAGCACCACCUAUGCCAUUACGCCCAUGAAACGCCCAAUGGAGGAGGACGGGGAGGAGAAGUCGCCCAGCAAAAAGAAGAAGAAGAUUCAGAAGAAAGAGGAGAAGGCAGAGCCCCCCCAAGCUAUGAAUGCCCUGAUGCGGUUGAACCAGCUGAAGCCAGGGCUGCAGUACAAGCUGGUGUCCCAGACUGGGCCCGUCCAUGCCCCCAUCUUUACCAUGUCUGUGGAGGUUGAUGGCAAUUCAUUCGAGGCCUCUGGGCCCUCCAAAAAGACAGCCAAGCUACACGUGGCCGUUAAGGUGUUACAGGACAUGGGCUUGCCGACGGGUGCUGAAGGCAGGGACUCAAGCAAGGGGGAGGACUCGGCUGAGGAGACUGAGGCGAAGCCAGCAGUGGUGGCCCCCGCCCCAGUGGUAGAAGCUGUCUCCACCCCUAGCGCGGCCUUUCCCUCAGAUGCCACUGCCGAGAACGUAAAACAGCAGGGGCCGAUCCUGACAAAGCACGGCAAGAACCCAGUCAUGGAGCUGAACGAGAAGAGGCGUGGGCUCAAGUACGAGCUCAUCUCCGAGACUGGGGGCAGCCACGACAAGCGCUUCGUCAUGGAGGUCGAAGUGGAUGGACAGAAGUUUCAAGGUGCUGGUUCCAACAAAAAGGUGGCAAAGGCCUACGCUGCUCUUGCUGCCCUAGAAAAGCUUUUCCCUGACACCCCUCUCGCCCUUGAUGCCAACAAAAAGAAGAGAGCCCCAGUACCUGUCAGAGGGGGACCAAAAUUUGCUGCUAAGCCACAUAACCCUGGCUUCGGCAUGGGAGGCCCCAUGCACAACGAAGUGCCCCCACCCCCCAACCUUCGAGGGCGGGGAAGAGGCGGGAACAUCCGGGGACGAGGGCGUGGGCGAGGAUUUGGUGGCGCCAACCAUGGAGGCUACAUGAAUGCCGGCGCUGGGUAUGGAAGCUAUGGGUACGGAGGCAACUCGGCAACAGCAGGCUACAGUCAGUUCUACAGCAACGGAGGGCAUUCUGGGAAUGCCGGUGGCGGUGGCGGCGGGGGCGGUGGUGGCUCCUCCGGCUAUGGCUCCUACUACCAAGGUGACAACUACAACUCACCGGUGCCCCCAAAACACGCUGGGAAGAAGCAGCCGCACGGGGGCCAGCAGAAGCCCUCCUACGGCUCGGGCUACCAGUCCCACCAGGGCCAGCAGCAGUCCUACAACCAGAGCCCGUACAGCAACUAUGGCCCUCCACAGGGCAAGCAGAAAGGCUAUAACCAUGGACAAGGCAGCUACUCCUACUCGAACUCCUACAACUCUCCCGGGGGCGGGGGCGGAUCCGACUACAACUACGAGAGCAAAUUCAACUACAGUGGUAGUGGAGGCCGAAGCGGCGGGAACAGCUACGGCUCAGGCGGGGCAUCCUACAACCCAGGGUCACACGGGGGCUACGGCGGAGGUUCUGGGGGCGGCUCCUCAUACCAAGGCAAACAAGGAGGCUACUCACAGUCGAACUACAACUCCCCGGGGUCCGGCCAGAACUACAGUGGCCCUCCCAGCUCCUACCAGUCCUCACAAGGCGGCUAUGGCAGAAACGCAGACCACAGCAUGAACUACCAGUACAGAUAAGCCCCCACGGGGCGGAGAGUUCUACCUUCUGCACUUACUCCCCAUCAGAAGAUCGAGUUUUAUGCAUCACAGUUAACAUGUCAGCUGGCCCUCCAGGCCCCCGCCCCCACCCCGUCCACGUUGCUGUGUCGUGAGGUGCAGCGGGUCACCCUGUGGCCCGUCCUGUGACCCAUAUUUAGCCGUGUUUGGGACUCCGUGUCUUCAAUGGUUUGUUAGUUACCAUUACAGCUUUGUCUGGGUAGAGUUUUUGAGUUCCUGCAGUUCAGUAUCCCUCUGUCUAUUCACACUUCGUGUUAGUGGUAACUCAGUUUGUCUUUAAAUAGUUACGGAAGGGAUACGUCAUUUGUUAAUGCUUUUGUGAAGUGAGUUAAACGAGCUUUGUGUAUUUUAAUGCUUUAGUGUUUCAGUUUUAUAAGUGAAGAUUUUAUUUUAAAAACCAGUGGGAAAGAGUGGGGGGUUUCUUUUUAUGUCUGGGUCAUUCAGGCAGUACAUCUGAAUUAAGCUGAAUGUAGACAAAUAAAGAAAAACAAAACUGCGCCCGUCUUAGGCCUGGGUGUCUGACCCACCAGCAGUGCAAUGGGCAGGUUUCCCCGCUCUAUUCCUGCUCUUGGGAAAGCAGGGUGGGCCAUCAGGAUGGUCCCUGGUCCUUAGAGAGGGUCCAGUUCCAGGCUUCUAGACAUUUUACUCAUGCUCAGCGAAGGCUGGUUCCUGGUCCCCUGGGCUGUGUAGACCCAGUGUCCCACCAGGCUCCAGGCUCCCACCGUCUAGAGGGGCUUACAGUGCCCAUUCUGGUCUUGGGGAAUCCACCACAAAAUAGGCAGGCUUUUUCUGCUCCCUGAUUCUGGUGUAGUUCUAAGUACAGCAGUGAUGUCCUCUGUAGGGACGUGCCUGUGGUGGAACACAUAACCCAGUUACAAAAGAAAGGGCAGGUGAGGCCUGGGUAACCCCAGCCACGGACCGUCAGUGGCUGGAGGGAGCUUCGUGUCUGUGCUGGAGCUGCAGCCUGCUCGCCAUCUGGAGGCUCAGUGGAGUGGGGAGUUGGGGUUCUCACACCAGCAGAUUUCCCUAGAGCGUGAUUCUCCCAUCUGAGGCAAUCUCGCCUCCCAGGGGAAAUUUUGCAAUGUUUGGAGGGUGUUGUCACAGCUAGUAGCGGGUACUCUGGGAUCUAGUGGAUAGAUGCCAAGGAUGCUGUCAAGCAUACUAUGCUGCCCAGAACAGUGGCCCAUAGCAGGGACCUGCCCUAUCAAAAUAUCAGGAGUAUGGAGGUGGAGACCCCACGCUAGAGCAGCCCUUCUCAGCUCCACCCUGCCUGGGGAGGGAGGAGGAGCUCUGGUUUCAGGACAGUGCUGGGAUUGCCUUUCCCCAGGAUCUGUGUUGGCCAUCCGGGAAGAACUUGUACUGGUCAAGCCUGGGACCACACGUCUGCAGAGAUCCUGCUCUGCUGGCCCGAGCCCCAGGCCUUGGCCUCCUGUGCUUGGGUAACCAUGGCCACUGGGAAGAGUGAGAACCAUUUUUGACUUUCUUGGAGAGGUGAAAGAACAAGUUGUGUGCUAGAAAACCUUUGAGGAAUUCUUAUUUGUGUUAGAGCAGAGGAGGUCCCAGAUAACCAAGCGGCCCCUCCCAGGAAAGGCUGGGAGAAGAGGUGGCCUGGAGUACCCCGAGAUUCCAGCAGCACACACAGUGGAGGGAUGAGGAUGGAUGGGUCCUACCCCUGAUUUUGAUGGGAUGUGUUCAUGUCCUCUCUCCUCUCCUGGACACAUUAAGGGGUUGGGACAAGAAGAGACUCCUGUGAGAUCAGCAGACCUUGUGUUUAAGGAGAGAAUACCAGCCUGCAACACUCAUGGAGAGGGACACUUCCUGGCCCCACCUGCUAAAUACCUCCAAACUCUGGGCAGGCACCUGCGUUCGGAACACAGGACUUUCCUUACAGUUUCCCGAUCAGUGACCACCACGUUCAAGUUUCUGAAUGCAGACCCACCACGAGGGAUGGAUUCCACCCACCCGCCCUGCUGCAGAUCCGCAGCACAGCACCCUUGGAGCCCUCACUCCGCUCACGGGCCUCACCAUUGCUGAUGAUGCCGUCAUGCCGCUGGCUUAAGACAGUGUCCCAGCUACAGCAGGACGACACCGGGUUCAGGAAUAUGUGGCUAUCACCUUGAGCACUGACAGUGGCCUUCUGGGCUAGUUGCCUUCCAAACGCAGGUAGCCGACCUGCAGGAGGGCCUACAAACGGGCCUAGCAAGAGCUGGGCAACAGCUGGCUUGUGAAAUGAGACACCUCGACCAAUAUGCUUUGGGUGGACGGUGUCCUACAUGUUCAGUGGAGGCCACCAGGAGCAUCCAUGAGUGGGGAAGGGGUCCACACCCUUACCUGGCGAGUUGAUACAAUGGGGUGCUUGGUGGAUGGGCCAUGGAGGUCUGUGAGCGGGAACUGGGCACACGCCAUCCCAGAGGGCUCAGGAUGCCCCAGGAAGGAAAGAAGGGCAACAGACUACAUGAUUGGACAUGUGUGGUUGACUGGGAUGAAGUUGGAGGGAGGGGUGAGGCCUUGCAGGGGAUUGGUACUGAUCCCAGGGAGGAAGUGUUGGGGCUUGAUGAACUAGGAUGAAAGUAGGCCUCUGAGCCGUAACAAGGGUCACAUCCAGGAUUUCCGCCACUCUGAAUUUAGUAGAGCUAGUAGGCCCCGGUUGUCACUCUGGGCAGGGAUGCCAUCAGCCUUGAGGGUCGCCACCCACCUGUGUGUUGCCGUCUGUCCUGGCAGGGAAACAUACACCCCUUGUCUCACCACCAACCCUGCUUGUGUAGUCAGCAGGUCUGGCCCUGCCCCAAGGACUCACUGCAUGUACCCGGACCCCUAGGCCUGGCCUUUGCAGCAUAGGUGGGAGCUUCUGGAUUCCAUCUGCACCUGUGAGCCCCAUGCUGGCUGUGCACUGCGUGGGCCUGAGACCGCUGGAUGCAAUGUUGGGCAACAACUCAGCCAGCCUGAUGGCAGCCUCAGAGGCUCACUCUAACCCAUCCCAGAAUAAAUGGAGACUUCAUGUGUU